CCGCUAUCGCGUACGUGUAAUCACGUGUGCAUUCCUACCAGCAAGGCCACAGACGCUUUGAUACGCGCACUGCGAGUGGUUCUGCUUGCCGCUAGCUGUUCGCGUUCGUCUGUUUCUACGUGAGCACUCGAAGUGACUCAUCUCUCGCCGGUUGCUCUGACCGCCUUUUGGCUCAAUAUCAUCGCCUCGGAUAAGGCAUACCUCCUUGAAGCCAGUCAAGAAAUACUCAAGAAAGCAGGAUGUGUUUGGCACAGGGCUCAGUGAUCGCAAGAAUACGAGAUGCAAAAACAGAAACCGCCGAUACAAAAGAGUAUGUCGGCGCUGUCUCGGCCAUCUUAUGUGGUUCAUUGAUCGCCUUAAUCCUACUGCUGUUAUUUGCUGCACUACAGAUAGCAGGGAUUGUAAUAGGCGCGUUACACCUGAACGACUGUCCCGUUCAGAAGUUCAUCCCCAUCUUCCUGGUUGCCGGAGGAAGUGUUGGAAUGGUAAAUGCAAUUUUGAGUGGCUGCAAGCGACUUCAAGAAUCCAGAGAUGACGACAGCUCUUCUAGCACCGGCCUCACAUGCUGUACCUCCAUCAUCCAAUGUUUCCUCAUUGGAUGGUUUAUAGCAGGUUGCGUCUGGGUUUACGGCAACUACCUGCCGAACUUUGAUGAUCGUACAGAUCCGAAGUACUGCGACAAGACCCUCUACUACUUCGCUUUCUCAACACUUACUGCCUCAUUCGCUGUAGGUGGGUUCUUCAUCAUUUGUGGUUGCUGCUUGGCAAUAUGUGUCGCGUGCAUGGAAGCCUGACCAGCCAACCAGUGACACGGUAAUCGUGAUGCGAACACAAUGAUCAUCGACUACUCCUCUUCUGAACAUACACGCUAAAGUGGAUAUUUGGGCUCGUUUGUACCGUGGCAUCUUGAUUGGAGGAAACUACACGCACAAGAAGGACAGGACACGACAGACACACUGGGUAUGUAACAGGUCCCCAGAGUCUGCACUCAGUUAUUGUCAGCAACGAUUAUGUUGGCAAAUACCAGGAAUGUUGAAUCAAUACGUAAUUCCGUUGGAACUUCCGCGCUAUGACAGUUUUCGACAGCAAGUGACAAAAAAAUAAGAGAGCGUUUAUUUGUGGAAUGGUAAACGAUGGAAAUUUGGAGGAAAAAAAAGAAAGAAAGACCAGUAGUAAUAGUAGCAAUGCUUAACAGAAGCGUAAGGGACAUGCUAGUGUUUAAUGAACUAUUAUUUUUAGUCCGUCCAACUCCAACUCCAACUAUGAAGAGUUGCAGUGCAGUGCGGUGUGCUUGUCUUUUGUGGUCGUAGAAAUGUGCAAGUCGUUGAUAACGAUCUUUUACAUCAUCAUCCUUGUGUUUUUGUAUGUGUUGGGUACUUGAUUUUGUGAAUCUUUUUGUAUGAAUAAAACAGGUGCACGGUAAUGUGUUUGUAACUAGUGCACGGCGUUCUCUUUUUACUUCUUCUUCUUUUUACUACGCGCUGGGAUGCCGCUUUCAUCUGUAGGGCGACAAGGCAUCCAAGGCAGCGUUGUAAACAAAUUGUAUUCAACAAAUAAAAUCAAGAAUCUUAA